UCAAUGUGUGCAGUGCUGCUCAUCUCAUCUCACAACUGUACUAACCACUGUCUAUAUAACACUAACUGCUCUCAAACUUCUGGCUUCUACUGACUCGCUCAAACCUAAAGGGUUAAAGCAAAAAGCUAAAAUCCCUUUUUUUCCCCGGAGGAUAUGGAGAGCCUGAGACACCUGCCAACUUCUAAGGAGUAAAAUCCCUCACUUACCCGGUCUCUCUUUCCUUCCUUCUGGAACUAUUCUGCUUUUUCUCCUCUCUCUGAGUAUUUCACCCUGCCUCCCUAGAUUUUACCCCGGCGGAGAGAGAGAGAGACUCCCAUGGAACCCCGGGUUCCGCUGCUGUCGUCAGUAACUUGGAGUGCUCUGGGAACCUUGUGAACUUCCCCGUCUGUGCCUCUGUCUGUUCCGGAGUAUUGGAGAGAGAGAGAGAGAGAGAGAGAGAGAGAGAGAGAGACGGAGGGAAGGGGAAGGGGGGAGCAGUAGUUGAUUGGGAAGAAAGCAGAAGCAGCCUUGCAGACGAAGACUCCUCUGGAGACCUCAGAACCAGGACCAGCUAGAACCAACCAGCAGGACCUCCAGCUGAUGAUACCUCCCCAGGGACAGGCCACCAUGAUGGGCCAGCGUCUCAACCACCUCUCCGUCCUGGGGCUACUCUUACUGCUCCUGGACCUGGAUGUGAGUCGUGGCUCCGCUGCUCCCGCUGAGGACGAGGAUUACUACAUGCAGGAGUUACUCACCAGGGACCACUACUACCACGUAGCACCUGAGGAGGAGAUUGUACCACCUGUUCCCCCCUUCGAAGGGGCCCGAGGGACCGACAGGAACAAACGUCCCCCCAGCCUGGAGAUGAACAACAGAAACAAACGUCCCCCCAGUCAGAAGGAGACAACCAACAGGAACAAGCGUCCAUCCACCCAGAAGGAGGCGACCGGCAAGGCAGAGAACGUCAGACAAACAGACAAGACCAGGGUCACUGAAACCAAGUCAGUGAAGAAUGGAAACAAGAUGGAUGAGAAGAACAAAAAGGGAACGUUGAAAACUCCCAACAGCAUCAAUGAGGGAGGGGGCCAAUACAAGUCAACCAAAGAGGAAUGCCCUCCCAUGGGACUGGAGACCCUGAAGAUUGAUGACUUUCAGCUCCAUGCCUCCACGAUGAGACGUUACGGGCUGGGAGCACACAGAGGACGACUCAACAUACAGGCUGGCCUGUAUGAUGAUGACCUGUACGAUGGAGCCUGGUGUGCUGGGAGGAACGACCCUCUGCAGUGGUUGGAGGUGGACGCCAGGAGGUUGACCAAGUUCACAGGGGUCAUCACACAGGGGAGGAGCUCUCUCUGGUCGAGCGACUGGGUGACGUCAUAUAAGGUCCUUGUGAGCAACGACAGUCACACCUGGGUCACUCUGAAGAAUGGAUCACAAGACCUUAUCUUCAUUGGUAACAAGGAGAAAGAGAUCCCUGUGUUGAACAUGUUUCCAGUGGCUGUAGUGGCUCGUUACAUCAGAGUCAAUCCUCGUUCCUGGUUCAACCGUGGCAGCAUCUGUAUGAGAGUGGAGAUCCUGGGAUGUCCCAUGCCAGACUCUCAGAACUAUUACCACAGACGGAAUGAGAUCACAACAACAGACAACCUGGACUUCAAACACCACAGCUACAAAGAGAUGAGACAUCUGAUGAAGGUAGUUAAUGAGAAGUGCCCCAACAUCACAAGGAUCUACAACAUCGGCAAGAGCCACAGCGGACAGAAACUCUACGCCAUCGAGAUCUCAGACAACCCCGGAGAGCAUGAACGAGGUGAACCAGAGUUUCGCUACACUGCCGGUUCCCAUGGUAACGAGGUGCUGGGCCGAGAGCUGCUCCUGCUGCUGAUGCAGUUCAUGUGUCAGGAGUACCUGUCGGGUAGCCCGCGGAUACGUCACCUGGUGCACGAGACCAGGAUACACCUGCUCCCCUCCGUCAACCCCGACGGGUACGACAAAGCCCUUGAAGUGGGUUCAGAGCUGAGUGGCUGGUCCCUGGGUCGGUGGAGUCAGGAUGGAGUAGACAUCCACCAUAACUUCCCGGACCUCAACUCCAUCCUGUGGGAGGCUGAAACAAAGAAAUGGAUCCCCAGGAAGAUGCUCAACCACCACGUGCCCAUCCCCGAAUGGUACCAGUCCAAGAACUCCACGGUAGCAGCAGAGACGCGUGCGCUGGUCUCCUGGAUGGAGAAGAUCCCGUUCGUCCUGGGCGGUAACCUCCAGGGAGGGGAGUUGGUGGUGACCUUCCCCUAUGACAGGACCCGUUCCCAGGGUGUAUCCAGGGAGCAGACCCCCACCCCGGACGACCAUGUCUUCCGCUGGCUCGCCUUCUCCUACGCGUCCACACACCGCCUGAUGACCGACGCCAGGCGGCGCGUCUGCCACACCGAGGACUUUGCCAAGGAAGAUGGCACCAUCAAUGGGGCGUCCUGGCACACCGCGGCAGGGAGUAUGAAUGAUUUCAGCUACUUGCACACCAACUGCUUUGAGCUGUCGAUGUACGUGGGCUGUGACAAAUUCCCCCAUGAGAGUGAGCUGGCGGAGGAGUGGGAAAACAACCGGGAGUCUCUGCUCGUCUUCAUGGAGCAGGUGCAUCGUGGGAUCAAAGGCAUUGUCUGGGACAUGCAGGGGCGGGGCAUAGCCAACGCCAUCAUCCAGGUGGAGGGGAUCGGCCAUGACAUCAGAACAGCGGUGGACGGGGACUACUGGAGGCUGUUAAACCCAGGAGAGUACAGCAUCACGGUGAGGGCUGAGGGCUACAGUGCCAGUAGUAAAGUGUGUGAGGUGGGCUAUGACAUCGGAGCAACCCGCUGUGACUUCACCGUCAGCCGCACCAACCUGUCACGCAUCAAAGAGAUCAUGGAGAGAUACAACAAGCAGCCCAUCAGACAGCCUCUUAGGCUACCCGUCAGGCAGCUGCAAGCACGCAGGCCCGGCCCCAGACACAGGCGCGUGAGGACAUCAUAGGGACCACCAGGGAGUGUUAGAGAGAACGAGUAGCCUGGUCCCACACCUGAAUGUGCUGUCUUGCCAACACACGUGGUCAUUGUUCUGCCAAUCUGACAAUGACCAUAGGGCUUUGCAACACAAACAGAUCUCGGACAAGGCUAAGGGGUUGAAGAGAGCAAUGAGAGACAGACUCUACCAUCUCUCUCUAGUUCUGAUCAAACUGUUCUCUGUUCUGAUCAAACUGUUCUCUAGUUCUGAUCCAAACAUUUGCUUUGAUCGGGACUUUUUUCUCUGUUUUGGAACUCUGUUUUAAUAACCGCAUCCAUUCAGAGUGUUGGUGGAAGUGCAGAUUGGAGAUUGAUGGUAAAGAUGGGAUAUUUGGAGUGAUAAUGGCGUUUUCUGUAUUAAAACAAGGUGCUGUUUUUUUCAACCAUGAAUUAAGCUCUCUGGUGCUGGUCUUACUGUUAAAUAAGAGCCUUUUUUUUGGGACCAUCUUAAAAGUUGCAAUGGCUUUCUCUACCAAAGUGUUAUUACAGCAUACAUGGUUAACCCUAAA